CAUUUUCACCACCUUAUGCCUCGGUGUUUGCCUAGCAGCCACAGCCUUUAUCUUUGGAAUCAACAAAGACGAAAAUCUAAUAUUUCGUACAUAACGCACUUGUUGUUUCCGAGAAAGUAUCCUUUAUUUAAUAUCGCACUAAGAAAGGUGCCGAGGCGCGUCGGAAGCCGGCUUGAUCAACACCGACAAACAAGCUGCAACUUUCCUUCGACUUUGAAUUUUUGCUCCGGCAAUCCAUACCAUGAAUGGGGGUCAACGCAGGGAUCCCGCCUUGGUGCCCAUCUAUGCCCCAGGAAAGGAACCCCUACCUGCCGGCGUCUCGGAGGAGGAACGACCCCAGUAUGAGCAGAUGAUGAGGUACCAAUCCUACAUGUCCAUGGCCAUGGAGUCCUGCGCGACCAAGGCCGCCUUUGCUGGUGUCGGCGGUCUCGGUAUCGGUGCCUUCUUCUCUCUCAUGUCGGCUUCGUUCGCGUACGAGGACCCAUUUCUCCGUCAGCAAACCCAAGCGGGGAUGAACACGACUCAAAAGGCCAGCCAGAUAUUCAAAGACAUGGGAAAGGGUAUGUGGACCACCGGGAAGGGUUUCGGAAAGGUCGGAAUGCUGUUUGCAGGUGUCGAGUGCGUCAUAGAAUCCUACCGUGCCAAAAACGAUAUAUACAAUUCGAUAUCCACUGGAAUGCUUGUCGGCGGUUUUCUUGCACGAAAUUCAGGACCCAAGGCUGCUUUUGGUGGCGGAGUGGCCUUUGCCGCCUUCUCUGCUGCGAUAGACGUUUUCUUCUUGAGACGAGAAACACCAGACGAGGAUUGAGGUCAUCUUUGAUAGAUUAAUUUAUUUCAUUGCGCACUACCUACUCAAUAAUUGUAUCAAAUACCACUACUGCUAUCGAAGAUAAUUAGUUCAAAGCCUAAGGUAUAACAUGAACCAUA